UGCAUGAUCUUCCAGUGGUGAGGUCCAGCAUAGAGGUUGUAACUGAAGUCACUGGGGGCGCCUUGAAGUUCUCUGUUUUCAGAGGAACUGGCUGAAAGGCAGUCAUGCGCCUGAUAGGGUGCACAGUACUUUUCUCAUUCCUACUGCAAGCUAUGUCUUCCCCAACAGAAGACUGGCAGAGGGCCACUUCUAUUUAUGAAUUCAAUGCAACAGAUAUCGAUGGAAAUUUGAUUUCCCUUGAGAAAUACAGGGGGGAUGUUGUCAUCAUCACCAAUGUUGCCUCUAAAUGAGGCAAAACCCCAGUAAACUACUCUCAGUUUGCUCAGAUGCACGCCAAGUACGCUGAGAGAGGUUUACGCAUCCUCGCCUUCCCUUCCAACCAGUUUGGGAAUCAGGAGCCAGGCAAUGAAACUCAGAUUAAGCAGUUUGCUCAGUCUUACCAUGCCGAGUUCGACAUGUUCAGUAAGAUUGAUGUGAACGGGGCCAAAGCUCACCCUCUGUGGAAGUGGCUGAAGGAGCAGCCCAAUGGGAAAGGCACAUUUGGAAACAGUAUCAAGUGGAAUUUCACCAAGUUUUUGAUCAACAGAGAGGGGCAGGUGAUGAAGAGAUAUGGUCCUCUGGAUGAUCCAAGUGUGGUGGAGAAGGAUCUUCCCAAAUACCUUUAAAUUCUUUACAUAUACCUGAUGUCUCCUAACUCUACUUAUACACUUAUUUAAUUCAUUCUAUCUUACCAUAAGUGUUCCUCAUUUUUUUCUCCACCUCUCCAAACACCUCUGGAUGUAGUUUGUGUCCACCCCAGACCAGUGACGGUAUGUCCCUAAACCCGACGGCGGACAGGGCAGACCUGAUGAAAAUGGCGUGCAAACCUGCUGGGAGAAUUACAAAGCUUAUAUUCAUUUGGUUCUCUGGAAAGAAAGAGAAAGAAUCCUUGAACACAUAAUAAAAUCUUUUAACAACUUGAAAUUUUGCUUUGUCUUCUAAAUAAACGCCGCUGUUUUUUUUUUUUUUUCCAAAAGA